AUGAGUUUGGAUGCGAAUUUUUUGCGAUUAGUAGAAAUUCGGCAGAAUGAUGAUCACACGAGUUCAUUGUGGACAAGAGAAAAACUUGAGCCUGGUUUAUUGAUUGGUGUCCUUGACAAGGGAGGAGAAAAUGAUGCGAAUGCAUUGCUCUUACUCAAUUUGAUUCGUCCAUUAGCAAAUUCUGAAAGCAAUUUCAACAUACUGGUGCGAUCUGUUCAACAAAAAAUAUGCUUACAAACAUCUCGUGAAAUUGAAGUGAAUGAACGUCUGAUAGCUGAUCGAGAAAUCGAAAUUGAGCAACAUUUGCAUGAUAGUGGUAAUGAUAAUGAUGAUGAUGAUGAUGAUGAUGAUGAUGAAGAUAUGGUGGCUGAGGAUUGCUUACACAUGCAAAGGCAUAGUUUACGGAAGCUUAUCACCUCAUUCAUCUCGUUACCACCAUCACCAUCAUCAUCACAAUCAUCAUCGCCACCAUCGUCAUUGUCAUCAUCAUUAUCACCAUCAUCAGCAUCAUCAUCAAUAUCAUCCAAUAUUUCUCGAAAACCGGAAGCAGCUAUAGCGUAUCCUACAACAACUAUUACUUCAAGUAAUACUGCUAAUAUUAUCACCAGCAGACAACAAUUACGACAGCAACAGCAUUAUUCAGAAAGGUAA